AUGAUCACCGAUGAAGAAAAACAGGACGGCAAUCAUAAGACGAUCAAGGCUCUUCGAGCAAACUGGGUCUGGAUCCCUGAUUGGAUUGAUUCGUCGAGUUCCAAUACCGUCGGAAAAAUUGUCCACUUUGUGCAUGAAUUCGACCUGACCGCACCGGCAAAGUCUGCCAGAUUGCAUUUCUCUGCGGACACGCGCUAUAAGUUGUUCGUCAACGGUACUCGAGUCGCGGUGGGCCCGGCCAGAGGCAGCCCUCUGACCUGGUACUAUGAUUCUCUCGACAUUGCACCAUACUUGCAAGUCGGAAGAAAUGAACUUCACUUUAUCGUGCUGCGCUACUUUGCUAGUUCGCGGGGCGCAAUGUGCUUCGAACGAACGGCGCUGCCGGGUUUGACUGUUGUUGGCGAGGUGCAGACCGGGCAUAGAACGAUUGAGAUUAGUACUCGCCAGGGUUGGAAAGCGUACCGAGAUGAUACCGUCCAGUUUCCGUCGGGACUUGUGGACGAUGUUUUUCUUCAUAUCAGCGAGCGUGUCACUUUAUCCGAGCCUAUCCAGAAGGCGGAUCCGCUUCAGUACAAUAUUAGAACCUGCAAUGGGGACAUUGCUCCUUGGGCUCUUCAGCCCCGAUCUAUUCCUUUGCCAGAAUCUACUCCCGCCAUCGUCAAGAAAGUCAGGUCAUGCAACAGUAGCGGGCUUGACGCCGAUGCCUGGACUGCAUUCUUCCAAAGCCGCCAACCGAUCAUGCUUCCUGCCGGAUCGUCUCAUGUUCUCGAGGUCCAGGCCGAUUGUCACUCCACGGCCUUUGUGAAGUGGACAUUCGACGCUCCACAGAAGCCUACCCAAGUCAAACUCAAAGUGACUUAUUCCGAGGGAUACGAGCAUGAGCCUCGCUCGUAUCCUUUCUUCCGUUCCAAAGCAGACCGUCUGGAUGCAGAGAACGGCCAUAUAAUUGGACCCUACGAUGAUGUUGUGUUGAAUGUAUCUAAAACCGGAAGCUCGUACGAGCCCUUUUGGUUUCGUACAUUCCGCAUCCUUCGCAUGGCAUUCACGGUGCUCGGGGACCAACCUGUUCAACUCACCUCGUUCGAGGCCACUCAGACCAACUAUCCAAUGGCCGUUAAAGCAGCAUGGAAAGAACCGGGCCAAAUGCACAGCUCAAAGAUUUGGGAGGUCUCAAUUCGCACAAUGAGGAAUUGCAUGUUUGAUGGGUACUCCGACUGUCCUUUCUACGAGCAACUUCAAUAUUCAGGAGACACCCGCUCCGUGGGACUCUUCCACUACCUGUUGUCCGGCGACGACAGGUUGAUGCGACAAGCCAUCACCACGUUCGCAUCCUCAGUAACACCAUGUGGUCUCACCCAAUCUCGAUUUCCUUCUCACGCACCGCAGAUCAUCGCAGGCUUCUCGCUCUACUGGGUCCUCCAAGUCUGCGACCAUUUCCUCUUCUUCGGCGACUCGCAUUUCGCCCGCAGCUUUGUGCCCCGCAUCGACGGAGUCUUGGAAUUCUUCGAAUCACACAUCGACUCCCUGGGUCUUGUCAGCGGCAUCCCAGAAGAAAUCUGGCAGUAUGUGGACUGGGUGACGACAUGGGGCGCCACAGACGAGCAUCCAGACAAAGGUGUUCCCACCUCCGGUCGAACGUCCAAUCGCCACACCUACUUUAGCAUGUUAUAUGCGUUUGUGCUUCGUAAAGCUGCCGCACUCGUGCGACACGUCGGCCGGCCGGGAAACGCCACCGAAUACGAGGACCGGGCCCUGCGACUCAUCGAUUCCAUUCGCACCCACUGCUUCGAUGGCGAAUUCUUCACCGACUCGACCGCUGAUAUCGCGGAUCAACAAUCCUAUUCUCAACACUGUCAGAUCUUCGCCGUGCUAUGCGGGGCAACAUCCCCAGAACAAGCAAGACAUUUACUCACCGAGAGCUUUACGAAGCCGCGCUUUUCCAAAUGCUCGUAUAUGAUGCGAUUCUACGCCUUCCGUGCUCUAUCCCAAGCAGGCGGACAGCUCUAUGAAAAAUUCUGGGACGCGAUGAUCAAGCCGUGGCAUGGGAUGCUGGCGAAUAAUCUGUCGACGUGGGAAGAAGAUGACGUGCGUCAACGGUCAGACUGCCAUGCUUGGGGCAGCGUGCCGAUAUAUGAAUUUUGUACUGAAAUCGCGGGUGUAUGUCCGGUGGGUCCGGGUUGCUCCAGGAUCAGAUUCAGCCCCCGGGUGCAAUUGAGCGAGUCGAUGAUUGAGACGAGGAUUGCUCUGGGGCAUGAAAAUAUGGCUUAUGUGGAUUGGCACCCUGGAAAUGGUGAUUUGACUCUGAUUGAACUGCGACUCGAUUAUCCGGCUGAAGUCGUCAGUCUGCUCCCCGGGGGUCAGGAGACGUUUCAUGGACGGGUGGACCAUCUCAAUCUGGUGUUUAGUCCUUCUUAG